AUGUUCCAGGACCCGGUUUCUUCAGGUUAUGCCUGGAUCGUGAUGCCUGUGGUGUGCGUCAUGGGCAUUGUCUACUUGCUCGGUCUUAGCAAUCCUCGGCGCCGUCUCCCUCCUGGUCCAAAGCGUAUUCCUGUCUUAGGCAACGCCCAUCAGUUGCCCUCAAGCUCCCAGGAGCAGACCUUCAAGUCGUGGGCGGAUGAACACGGCGAUCUGGUCUAUGCCGACUUCUUCGGGUGCCGCACGCUCAUCAUCAACUCGCCCAGCAUCGCGCGGGACCUCCUGGACAAGCGGGGCGCGAUCUAUUCGAGCCGUCCUCGACUUGUCACACAGGUCGAGCUGAUAGGCUGGUAUCCUAACACGGCUUUUCUGCCGUACCAAGCCGCGGGGCGGCGUAUGCAGCGCCGGUGGAUCCAGGCAGCGUUCGGCGAGAAGGAUGCGAUACGGAAGUACAACGGCCUGCAGCUGCGGGAGAUUUGCACCUUCCUGUCGAACCUCAUGCACACGCCCGCAGACUUCACGAUGCACAUCACGCGGUACACCGCGGCACUCAUCCUCGAGUCUGUGUAUGGGCACCGAAUCACGUCCUUGGACGACGAGUAUGUAACGCUGAUGGACCAUGCCAUGGACGCAACCAACGCGACCGGUCCGGCAGGAAGCGGGAUAGCGGACAUCUUUCCACUUCUCAAGUACGUCCCGGCGUGGAUGCCUGGGGCAGACUUCAAGCGCAAGGCAAUGUACGCCAGGGAACUCGUAUGGCGCGCUAAUCAUCUCCCAUACAAUAUGGUCCGCAAAGCGGUGACGUCGGGAAGUGCACGGCCUUCGUUCGUUUCCGAAUUGAUCGAGAAAGCAGAGAAAGCGGGCCGGCUUGCCGAGGACGAGGACUACAUCCGGUACGCGGCGGGCGUGUUGUACUCUGCUGGGACGGAUACGACGAAGACGGUGCUCCGGACAUUCUUCCUGGCGAUGGUCCUCUACCCGGAGGUGUACCAUAAGGCCCAAGCGGAAGUCGACCGCGUCGUCGGGAACAACCGACUACCCACUCUUGAGGACAGACCGAACCUGCCAUAUCUCGAUUGCAUCCUGAAGGAGACGUAUCGCUGGAAUCCACCUGUCCCACUGGGCAUACCUCACUAUCUAACGGAGGAUGACGAGUAUGAGGGCUACCAUGUGCCUGGGGACUCCACGGUCAUAACCAACCUGUGGUCAAUGACACACGACGAGAGGACAUACGACGCCCCUGCCACGUUCCGUCCGGAACGCUUCCUCGAUGCGACAAGCUCAGACGGGGAACUCGAAGAUCCUCGCAACAUCGUCUUCGGGCAUGGUCGACGGCUCUGCCCCGGACGCCUAUUCGGGGACGCAUCCGUCUUUCUGGCGAUAGCCGGCGUCGCGGCGACGCUGAACAUCGACAAAGCCCGAGAUGCUGAGGGCAACGUCAUUACGCCAGAAGCGAAGUUCUUCUCUUCCUUGAUCAGCUAUCCUGAGGCGUACGAUUGUGACAUCACGCCGCGUUCUCCUGCUGCGAUGAGUCUUGUUGCAGAGACGCUGGCGAGCAUAUCAGCGUGA